AUGACAUCAUGUAAUGAUUUAAAAAAUCAUCAUAUAUCGAUAUUAUAUUUUUGGAAUAAAGGUGUACGAUCUGCUCCUGCUAUUCAUCAUGAAACAAAUAUUCCGCUUAGGACUAUCUAUUACAAUAUCAACAAAUUGAAACAAACAAAUUCACUUAAGCACCGAGGCGGAAAUGGUCGACCACGUGUCCUUAGUGCAAUAGAAAAAAAAGCAAUUGGUCAAUAUAUUCGACGUAAUAAUGAAAUAACUGUUAAUGAAAUCAAAGAAAAGUUAUCGACAACAUAUCAUUCAUCAGUAUCUGCAACAACAAUACGUCGUCAUCUUCAUGAAUAUGGUUAUAGAAAUGUUUUACCAAAAAGUACUCAUAUGUUAACAUCUGAUGAUAAAAAACGACGUGUUCAAUGGGCUAAACAGCAUAAAAAUGAUAAUUUUACACGUACAAUAUUUACAGAUGAAGCUUCUUUUCAACUUUUUCGUAAUACUGUUCGUCGUUGGUCCAAACAUCCAAAUGAUGAAUAUAAACGUAUACCUAAAAAUCGUCAAAAAGUUCAUGUCUGGGGUGCUGUUAGUGUGAAAGGUGUGUUGACCUGUCACACAUUCAGAUGCAACCUUGAUGGUCCGUAUUAUGUUCAUAUACUUAAAAAUUUUCUUCUUCCUGCUGCUAGGCGUCAAUUUCAUUGGAAUUGGCGUCUACAGCAGGACAAUGAUCCAAAACAUCGAAGUAAUAUUUGUAAACAAUUCAUCAGGAAAAAUGUACCGGAACUGUUAGAUUGGCCAUCGAACAGUCCCGAUGUUAAUCCAAUCGAGAACAUUUGGUCGAUCGUAAAACGCAAAGUUGAAAAGAGAAAACCGAAAAACACUGAUGAACUUGAACUCUUUUUAGCUGAAGAAUUCAAAAAUACUGAUAUUAAUGUUGUAAAAAAUUGUGUGAUGUCCAUGAAAAAUAGAUGUUUGUCUCUUAUUUCUUCUAAAGGUGAACGAAUAAAAUAUUGA